AUGCCCUUGCCCAGUUUGUCCCCUGCCAGGCCAGCAGAGGUGAGUAGCCCAGAGGUCCAAGAGGGCAGUCUGGAUGCUGCCAAAGCAGAGGGAGCAGAGGAGGCUUUGUGGCCUGCACGCCAGAACUUGCCCUCUACAAUCACCACAGCACCUCCAGCUGGCAAGGAUGACCAUUCCACCAGUGGGGAAGUGGGGGCUCAGAAACGCCUGACAUCCAAGCCUUCUAAGAGUGGAAAGAAGGCAGCGGUGGAAUAUGACCAGGGGAACCUCAUCCCUCUCUCGGAGCUGACUCCACACAUCUCCUGUUAUAUUUGCAAAGGUUAUUUAAUAGAUGCAACAACCAUUACAGAAUGUCUUCAUGCCUUCUGUAAAAGCUGCAUCAUAAAACAUUUUGAACAUAGUUAUAGGUGUCCAAAAUGCAACAUUGUAGUGCACGAGGCCAAACCUCAUAAUCACCUGAGGUCGGAUCCACAAUUGCAAAACAUAGUGUACAAAUUAGUGGCAGGUUUAGAGGAAAAAGAAAAAAAGCAAAGGCAAGAAUUCUAUAAAGAAAGUUAUUCAGAAACACCAAAACCUGAUGCUGUUCCACAGCCAGGCCCUUCAAGAAGGGAACACUAA